AUGGCUUCUCAGCUCAAAGAAUUCUUCUUGAAAGUCAAGAGGAACUAUGACGUCGCCAAAAAAUUCAAGGCCACGUUCACUGCCGGCAGUCGCAUCCUUCCGUCACAGACCACCAAGAAUGACGCCGAGUACCAGUUGCGCAUCGACGCUGGCGAACUGGUCGAAAACCGAUACCGCAAUAUCGUCUUGCAAGUCAACUCCCAGGCCAAAAGUACGGGCUUGCGCUCGUGGCUGAAGAAACAACCCCGGGGAACUCAUGCAAAGCUGGCGACCGCUCAAUUCGACACGCUCGCCGAAGACCUCGACGCUGAAACCGAGAGGGUUGUUGAUGAGUUGCACGCACAGGCAAAGGAGAAUUUGUAA